AUGAAUUAUAACGACCUGUGGGGACUAACGCUGGCUGAGCUGGGCUCCUCCAGACCCUGCGAUGAAUUUGGGAACCCGUCUGAGGUGAACAGCUGCUCCAUCUGUCAUCACGGCCCUAGGUACCCUCUGACUCAGGAACAGUGCCAGGUGGCCUCCAGGCACAUCCCCCGCAGAGUGAGAAGAAGUUCAAAGGAAGCAUCAGCUGGCUGCUGUCAUGACAACACCAGAAAGGGUCCCUGUUACUAUGGCAACACAGUGACUGUCCAGUGCUUCAGAAACAGUCACUUCGUCCUGGUGGUGUCCCGCGAAACAGCCUUGGUGUGCAGGACACUAAUCAAUGUCCAACUGGUCUGUACCGCCCCCCAGCUGCUCCCCAACCAGGAGGCGGGAUCCUCCGUGGUCUCCACGGCUGGCCCUCUCACCUGCUGUGACACCACAGUCCAGGUAGAGUGGGGGCCACACUGCAUCCAGCAGAACCAGUUGGUGUCCAACAUCGGCAUCUGGAUGGGGCCACACGGUUCCAUCGUGUGGGACGGUGCCUUCAGGCUUCACAUCCACUGUGUCUUCAAUGCCAGUGACUUCGUGCCCCUCCAGGCGUCCCUCUUUCCUCCCCCUCCAGCCACUGUGACCCAGUAUGGCCCCCUGAGGCUUCAGCUGCAGAUCGACAAGGGAAAAGGGUACGACAAGGCUUUUAGUUCCUACCACAGGGAGGGGGACCACCCCACUGUGGGGCUGCUUCAAGAGUCUGACCCCAUGGAGGUCUGGCUCCUGCAGAGGACAGACCCCAUGCUGGUCUUGGUGCUGCAUCUGCACUGGGCCGCUCCCAGCGCCAACCCCUUCCAGUAUCCUCAGUGGCCCAUCCAGUCAGGUGAGUGUCCUUUCGGUGACAGUCAGGACCUGAAUGACGGCCUUGGAAGGGUAGCUCUGCCCUUCCACUCUCACUACCAGUGCUUCACCGUCGCCACCUUCGCCCCACUGGACACUGGCUCCUGGAGGGCCCGCAGGGGCCAGGUUUACUUCCUUUGCGGCACCUCUGCCUGCUGCCCCUCAGGGCUAAAGACUUACUCGACCACAUGUAGCUCUGGGGCUGCAGGUCAGUCCAGGGUGGAGGACAAAAUAGGGGGGUCACCACAAUGACAUUGCCAGGCCCAGAGCAUGGUGAGCUCUCCCAGGCCACUGGGCUUUGAGGAUUCCUACAGGUGGGAGUCUACGCUGGGGCCUGCAGGUUCCACCAUGAGCUGCAACCCAAGACCUCGCCUCUGGGGAAUUCUUUUGCUGUUGGCUGUUGCCCUGGUCCGAGGGGUUGGCGUCUUUGUGGACCUGAGCCAGGCCAAGCCCAGAAGCUCCUGGAAGGCAACAGAAGGUGAACAGGCUGAAUAGACCCUUGUUUCAAGCCUAGUGAAAGCAGGUGUGGAAAAGCUACUUGUGGUGACUAGACAGAAUCAUUCUCAGCUUAGACACUUGCGCUUCAGAGUCAGCUCUGUCCUUCUAGAAUCGCGGCCUCUAUUAUUGGGUAGCGUCCAAUGCCUCGCAGGACUGAAUUUAGGAGACUUGGCCUCUCCGCAAGGAAAGGCAGCGUUCCAGGCAGAGAAAGCAGGACGAGAAGGUAGGGGGAGGUCAACUCACGGCAGAGUCAGAGAACAGCAGUAGCUGGGAAUCGGGAGCCUGGCGGGGCUAAUGGCGGGUGAGGGCUUGUCACCUUCUCACAGCCACAGGAGUUCUGACUGGGCGUCCUCGAAGCAUGCCACUCGGUUGCCAUCGUGGAUGAGGGAAUCCAGAGCUCCCGGGGCCGAAAGAACUAACCUUGACUUGAACAAGCUCCUCCCAGGCCCCCUCGAGCCUCCCAGCCUCCCAUAGAGGAUGCUGGCUACUCCUCCCCUCACCAGCCCCCCUUCCCACUCACUUGGCCCCUGGGACUGGUCCACACAGGGGUGGUCGGCACAGGCUGAACGGCAGCCUGUUGGCCCUGAUGCUGCCUGAUGCCAUAGUGGGCACGGCUGCCAGACAGGUCAGUACCAGUGCUGGCUGUGCUGCCGACCGUCUGCUCGUGUAUGACACGGACCUUCAUCUCUGACUUGUUGGUCUGGAAAGGUCUUUGCUGCCAUGUAGAGCUUCUAGGGUGGGAAAGGUAACCCAACCUAGGCGGAAUGGGCUGGGUUCAGCUGGCUGCUGGAGAAUCUGGUGGGGAAGUGAAACUUGGUUUCAGAUACCUCUCUGGCCUUUGGUAGGGCGUGAGUUAGAGAAGUGGCGUAAAGGGAACCGCAGUGCUUGAGUCAGGCCCGUGGCCUUGACACCAUGCAGGCACUCUCCAGCCCUGGCCAGCUCCAUCUUUUCUGUUUUCAGGAUACUGGUCGAAUACAAGCCAGGCUAUUUGAUUAUAACCCUGGCUCUGCCUCUUACUAGCUGUGUGAUAUUGAGUUAUUGAACUCUUCUGGACCUCGGUUUCCGCAUCUGUAAAAUGGGAAUAAUACCUAUCCCCAUAGGGGUGUUGGAUAAAAUGAAUUAAUAGAUAAGAAUCCUUAGAAUAGUACAUAACAGCCAACAUUUACUGAGUACUAUUAACUACCAGAAUUUCUCCUCCUCCUGCCCCAAAACUAAUGCUUACCUAAAUUUUUUUUUUUCUUCCCCAUAUGAGGACAAGCUUAUAGCUCAGGAUGAGGAGGGGCUGGGGAAGCAGCUGCCUUAGGCUCUUCUAGCAGAAUAGAGCACUUAGGCAGGAAGAUCCAGACACUUGCUAUGGAAGUUAGUUAAGGAACUCCCCUAGCUGGGACUGUUUCCCCAUCUGUGACUAGGGAUGACUUGUUCUGUCCAACCUCCUGGCUUGUACAGGGCCUACGGGAUAUACUUUUCAGGGCUAGUGCAAAAUAAGUGAGGAUUCUCAGCUUGGAUGUUAUUUGGAGGAGCCAGGCCGACAGGCUCUGAGGGGUCAGGGAUUCAGUUCCAUCCAGGGCCAACUCUUCUUACCAUUGCCUUCAUUGCACGAGCUCAUGGUGAGCGUUUAAACAGCACGGAGGGGUGGUUCUGGGAACGGCAUCGAUGCUGUGUUUAAACCAAGCAUGAGUCUAUAGAUGCCAACUGGAAUCACAUCACGUAACCAACUUUUCUCUUUAACUUUUUUUUUCAUGUGAAGGUAGACAUCUUGUGUCCUUACCUAUUACUUGUAACAGCUGCAUUCUCCUUCGUAUCAUGGUUGAACUAUAUAUUUGAUCUCCUUUUUUAAAAACAAUGUUUUUUUAUUAAAAACAAUUAAAAAAUUUUUUUGACCGGGCCACAUAGCUUGCAGGAUCUUAGUUCCCUGACCAGGCAUUGAACCUGCGCCAGGGCAGUGAAAGCAGCAAAUCCUACGCACUAGACCACCAGGGAACUUCCUGAUCUUCGAAUACAAUUAUGUAAGCGUGUAAUUCUUCGUAUACCAUUUUCUCAGAAGAAAUUCUUAGAACUGCUGGGUUGAAAGCUACGCCCCUCUUGACCGUAGGGCUCUGGGAACGUACGGGUGCCUGUUCCCCACACUCUUGCCACCACAGGUCAGUAGCGUUCUACGGCUUUGCCUAUCGGAGCAUCACUGGGUAAACAGCAUUGCUGAUUUAACAUGGACCUCUUUGAUUAGACGCCAAGCAUCUUUAUAGCCGCUUAUACCUUAUAAAUUGCCUCUUUGUGUCUCUUAUCUAUUCUCCUGAGUUUGUUUCCUUGUCUGUAAAGAGCUUUCACACGUCAAGGGGUGGAUAUCCUCAUGUUUCAAGUUUUCCACUGAGUUGGCCAUUGGUU